UCGGAUUGAGGAAUGAGGAAGCGAAUCGAAGAGUUUUAACAUUCAGUAUAUGCGGGUGCGGCUAAGUGUCGAGACCUUUAUACCUAAAUAUUUAGAUAUAUUUCAAGUUGAGAGGUUGGUUAAGAGAACAAAAUGAUGAAGUUUGUUUCCAGUCUAAUCCUUCUUUCAAUCUUUAUCUCCUGCUCUCUUCAAGAGGAUGGAGUUGAUCAAGAAGCUGAUGCUGUUGUCUUGGAGAAUACUAAGUCCGGUAAAUCCAACAUUGACACCAAGAUAUUCACCAACGAUCCUCUGAUCAAUGGAGGAGUAAUCGGUCUCGGAGUCGGAGUUCUUGGUUCCCUCCUUGUCGGAUCCAUCCUUGAGGGUCAAAACAACUGUCAAACUUAUAGAGGGAAGAGAGAAGAACCAGGUUCAGCUGCUUCCCCUUCCCCGUCCUCCAGGUUUCUGCCUGGUUUGACCGGAAACAAUUGUCCUCCUUCUACCUACAGUAACGGUUUUAAUAAUGGAUACAGCGGUUCUAACAAUGGAUACAAUUUUCCUAAUAAUGGAUACAAUGUUCCCAACAACGGUUACAAUGGUUAUAACCAGGGAUACAAUGGUAUCAAUCAAGGAUAUAAUGUACCCAACGUUGGAUACAACGCUCAUGCCCAAGGAUACCAACAACCAGGAUUAAACUCAGGAUACAACAGCCCUCAACAGGUACACAUCACCCCUCAACAGGGAUACAAUAACGGAUACAACACUCAGACUGGAUAUAAUUCCCCUCAGCUUGGAUACAAUCAACAUCAGACUGGAUACAAUUCCCCUCAACUUGGAUAUAAUCAACAUCAAACUGGAUACAACCAAGGAUAUGAACAGAGCUUCCAGCCCACAGGAUAUCCUCCCGUCCCUAACUCCGGAUAUAACUCUGGAUUUGUUAGUGCAGUUCCAUUGUCUGACGGAUAUAUUUCUCCAGUGCGCUCUGGGUCCUCUAGUUCUACUCCCCAUGGAGCACGUUCUCACUCCAGCAGAGCCCUUCCUACACCAGAUUCUUCAGCAGUUAAAUUUGGAGAAUAAACCCCUCACAUCAAUAUUAUUUAAUAUUUAUUUAGAAAAUAUAUAUUUUCAAUAGUCUUUUAA